CACAUUUUUGUCCUGCUUUCCUUAUAUCAAGAGUCCAAGACUGAGUAAUUUAUAUCAACGGUACGGUAUGCUGCUCAUCUCGCUGCCACUUGCGGAUCCAGUUUGUUAUCGCCAAUUUCUUAUCCGGACGAGCACCAUGCUCUGGUCGCCACGAUAGUCCCUCAAGAACGCGACCAUCUUCGCUGGCGAGAACGGAGUCUUUGCCUUCACUUCUUCGUACGAGCGGCGGCCCGUCGGGGCGUGCGUAUUUCGGGACUGUAUAGGACGUCCGAGAUCCUACAACCAUGUCUCCUCAAAGGCCCCUGAAGCAUAUGCACGAGCUAUCAGCUGCAUGGCUUCUUUCCUUCCUUCCUUCGAGUUUCUGCCCCUUAUAAGGUCAGAAAAAAUCGCCAUUUUCCCGACGUUCUUCUUUGACUGGACGCAUCUUCUGUGCACGCACAGCCAGAAGGGUGAUUGCAUUAUGCGGGGCAUAAAAUCGGUGCUUCAGCGAUGUGCGGUCAGCAUAUCGCUGGUCUUUUCGUUGUCAACGAGCCUUGUCUUUGCUCAGUCGGAUACCUUGGGCUUGGGCGAUGGAUUUUUGUCCUUCAACCUCUCCUCUCUCUCCGCCCAGAUCGUCAAAGACUCUCAAACCUUGUAUUCGCUGCAAGCAAGCGGUUCUACAUUCGACUUCCUCCCUUCUGAUGUCAUGAGUCAACGUGCAUCCAACGGAAAUUAUCAUCUCGGCGACAUCACCUUCCGAGCACGCACUACGGGCUCGAGCACUUGGACCAGUGGAGACUCAGCAGCCGCCCGUGGAAACUUAACAGCCAUGGAUGUGUCGGGAAGCACUCUCGCGGCGGCAAGCUUGGCCCCGACUAUUCCCUCCAACUCUUUAUUGAAUAUCACACGUCGUUGGGUCACCGUGGGCGAUCAACUCCAGUUGCUGUUCGAUGUGACGAACUCUCAGAACAGCUCUGUGGAGAUCGGUGCUCUGGGUGCAGCCUUGGAGUUCAACAACAUAUUCACCGGCCGUACCGCAGCAGAGACCAAUGAGAAAUGCAGCCUUUUUGAUCCGUAUAUCGGUGCUGACGCUGGUUAUGUCCAGGUGACACCUCUCCUUGGUACACUUCCUCCACUCGUCGUUAUUCCCGUCGGAAAUUCCUCCUUUGAAGGUUGGAGAUUCCUCCCGGAGGAUGAAGACACCAGUUUGGGAUAUCAGUCGCAAACCUUUGAGGGACUCUAUUCAUUCGAGUUCCAUACUCUGGCGUACGCAGAGAACGAGUGGGCGAACGCGACUCCAUGGAACGCGCCAACUUCAGUGACUCUAGAACCGAACGAGACGCGGACCUACGGAUUGGCGUUCGUUGUGGCCCCAAGUAUUCGUCAAAUCGAGGAGACGCUCAUCGGCAUCGGUCACCCAGUCGCCGCCGGUAUUCCUGGAUUCAUCAUCUCAGAAGAUCUUCCUGCUAAACUGUUCUUGAAUUACUCUUCUGCGGUUUCUUCUCUGGCGGUCGAACCGGAGGGUGCGCUAAUCUGGACCACCAACGAAGACUCUUCUUUGACGGGAUACACUAUCACUGGCUCAUCGUGGGGUCGCUCUCGCCUGUCAGUCACAUACGAAGAUGGUACCCUGCAAACCAUACACUACUACGUGACAAAGGCAGCCGUCGAAGCUAUCAGCGACCUUGGUAACUUCCUCACAACGGAGCAGUGGUUCGAUAACUCGUCGGAUCCCUUCAAUCGCUCACCUUCCGUUAUCUCGUAUGACCGAUCGGUCAAUGCCAUUGUUCGAGAUGACGUACGAGCGUGGAUUCCCGGUUUGUCAGACGAAGCCGGAGCUGGAUCGUGGCUGGCUGCCUCUAUGAAGCAAUACGUUCAACCGAACGCAGCAGAGGUGGCGAAGAUGGAAGUCUUCAUUAAUGAGACGCUCCACGGGUCCGUUCAAAAUCUUGAUGGCUCUGUCAAGAAGGCAGUGUACUAUUACGAGCCAGCCUUGGUGCCAACCUACAGCUAUCCGUCGGACUUAGACUUUUCCAACUGGUGGUCGUGGACGCAAGCUGAAUCUUAUGCCACCGACCGAGCAUAUGAUUACGUGCACGUUACGAACGCGUACUGGUCACUCUACCGUGUGGCGCGUAACUACCCCAACCUCACCAGCACGUCUUGGGAAUGGUACCUAAACCAGGCAGUUCUAACUAUCGCGAUGAUGACCAACGGUAGCGUGGGCUACUCCGGAGAUGGACUAAUGGGAGAGACCGUCUUUGAACUGUUGCUGGAUGAUCUGAAGAGAGAGGGGCUCACAGCCAACGCCACCCUGGUGGAGAGUAGAAUGAAGGCUCGGGAGGCUGUCUGGGCCACGGAGCGAUACCCCUUCGGUAGCGAGAUGGCUUGGGACAGCACGGGCCAAGAGGGGGUCUAUGUAUGGGCAAAAUACUUCAACGACAGCACAACGGCGGUCAAUGUGGUCAACUCCAUACUCGCGUAUGAGCCUCUCAUCGCUCACUGGGGGUACAACGGCAAUGCCAGACGCUACUGGGACAACGUGUAUGGAGGAAAACUUCAACGCAUCGAGCGACAGAUCCACCACUAUGGCAGUGGCCUCAACUCUCUUCCUCUUCUUUCCUCAUUCGAAUCCGAUCCUAGCGAUACCUAUCUCCUUCGCACCGGUUUCGGCGGCAUCUCAGGGCCACUCUCCAACAUCGACGAGGGGGGUUUCGCAGCCGCAUCCUUCCACUCCUUCGAGGACACACUUGAAUGGGAUGCCUAUAGUGGAGAUUACGGCCCCAACUUCGUAGGUUUGGCCAUGGGCACCUCCACAUACAUCGUGAACCUCGAACCAUUCGGGUGGCAGGCAUUCGGCGGUGAGGUCCUCUCGACAAGUCCUACGAUCCGAGUCCGAGUUGCGGAUGCUGUCAGGAGGCGAGUGUUUGUGGCGCCGCUGGGACAGACAUUAGUAUUGGAUGCGGGGGCGUUCGAGGAAGUUGAAUUCGAUGAGGAGGCUAUGACGGUUAACGUUACCAUUUCCGAUGCGCCUGCGGGCGUGAGCUCGGCGGCGAAGGCCCCGGUAGGGAGGCUGUUGGUGAAAACGACGGCGAACAUUGACGGUGUGCCAGGCCCCUUGACUCCGACGGGUGAAUUCGAGGUGGAUGCAGGUGCAUGGGUGGUUCCUUUUACUGACGGAUCCGCCUCAGUGACUUUGAGUACCAGUACUUGAGACGGCUAUGAUUGUAAAGUCGC